UGUGCUUGGUAUUUUAUUUUGUGUAUCUUUACUCCCUGAGAGAUUUCCUGUAGUCUUGUUGUUUAAUUGGUUUUCAGUGUUAUAUUUUGUUGAAUAUUCUUCCAGUUUGUGUAAAGUUUAAUUUUACUUCCGGUGUUACCCCCUUUGUGAUUGUCUACACCUGUGCCUGGUUGUUCUCACCUGUGUCUCCUUACUCGUUACCCGGUGUGUAUAUAGCCUCUGUGUCUCCUCCUAGCUUUUGUCAGAUUAUCAUCCCACCUUCCUAGUCUUUGUGUCACUAUUGCGUUUUCUACAGACAAUGUAUCUGUAGGUUCCCUUUGUUUUGCCUUUGCCAUAAAUUAAAUCAAUCCUUGCGUUUCUGCGGAUUGGUCCUCUGCUUUGUUUCUACAUACUGUGACCGAUCAUCUUAUGGGGGACACACGGCUAGGAAAAACUAUCACAGCUUCAGGUGGAGUCUGCUGCUCACCUGCCCUUUCAGGAAAUGAAGCUUUGGUCAAUUCGACGCAACGCAGCAGGAGCUCAUACACAGAAAACAACACAAGGAUGUCUGUCUACUGGAAAUCAUCUUGGCCAAAAAUCCUGUGCAUCUUUUCACUACUCUGUGCAACCGCAGAUUCAGCAGAUCAGUUCCAGCUGGAGCCUCUGAACUCCACCGUGCUGCGAGGCACUGAUGUGAGAUUCAACGCCUCCGUGCAGGGGAGCUGGCAAGUCAUGACCUGGACUGUCAAAGAUCUCCUGGUCCUCACUAUCCGUGUCAGCGGUGAAAUCACCUCCUCCUCACAGAGGUUCUCAGCAGAAUUCUGCUCUGCUGGUGACCCCAGCUGUGUGGAGUUCACUCUCCGUAACGUCAGCCGUGGAGACGCUGGGUCGGUCACUUGCACCGUGCAGGGGGAGUAUGGAUCAAGGACGGCAAAGCUUAAUGUGCAAGAAAGCGGAACAGUCAGCAUCACUGGAGGAAACCAAAAGGUGAAGCAGGACGAGCAGGUGGAGUUCAGGUGUGUAACAGCUGCUUGGUUUCCCACACCAUCUGUAAGCUGGGCUCUAAAUGGUCAGCCACUGGACACCAGCCUAUACAACACCUCCCACAUGGAUGAUGGAGAUUACUCCAACUCCACCAGCAUCCUGAAGUUUCAGGCAGUCAGAAACACAUCCGUGGAUUGUCGGGCGACGGUGGAAUCGCUAACAAACCCACAAAGCAGCUCUGUCUUCUUGGUGGUCGGUAAGAAGAUCUCACAAGCCUUCCUCUAA